AUGCCAACUUUAUAUGCUGGACCAACUGGUAAUGGUAGAAAACCUUUAAUUUUAGUUAAAUUAUUAGAUGCACCAAUAAAUAUUCAUUUUUUAAAAUGGCCCAAAAAUACAGAAAUUAAACUGGAUUGGUAUUUAAAAAUUAAUCCAAAUGGUUCACAACCAAGUUUAUAUGAUGAAGAAAAAAAUUUAAAAUUAUUUGAAAGUAAUUUAUUAUUACAAUAUAUUUCAAAUUUAUAUGAUGAAGAAGAAAAAUUUAGUUAUAAACAAGAAACAAAUUUUGAAUUAUAUUGGGAACAAAGAAAAUGGUUAGAUUAUCAAUCAGCUCAAUUUUCAGCUUAUACAUUAUCAAGAGCAAAUAAUUAUUCUAAAAGACAUUCAAAUGAUGAAUUUACUAAAAAUGAUGUAAUUUAUAAUUUUAAAAAAAUUUAUCAAAUUUUAGAAGAUCAAAUUAUUCAAAAUGGAACUGGUUGGAUCAUUGGAAAUAAAUUUACUAUAGUUGAUAUUGCAUGGCUUGUUGGAAAUCAUAGAAGAAUUGAAAAAUAUACUGAUAGUGAUUGGGAAAUUAAAGAUUUUGAAAAAUUAUAUCCAAAUGUUAGUAAAUGGUAUAAAAAUUGUUUAUUAAUUAAAGGAGUUCAAGAAACUCUUGAUAGAAGAGAAUGA